AUCCAGCACGAAAACAAGCACUGUGUGCCGCUGGCUUUAGUAAAGUUGUUAGGAGAUCGGAUUAAUCUUGUCAUACAACAAGACUAAAGAAAAACAAGAAACAAAAUGUUAUCAACACCAAAGGCAAAGAGUGGUUUGUUUUUGGCUUCAUCUCUCUGUGAUGGGCUUGAAGACAAUAACAUAAGACAAGUGGCGACUCUUUUGUUAAAUAAAGAUGCAGACCCUAAUAUCUUAAUUCCAAUGCAUGGAGUUACUCCAUUUCACUUAGUUAUUGGCAACGAUUCAAUAGAAUUUGCAGAAGAAGUCACCAAAUUAUUUUUACGCCAUGGUGGUGAUCCCAAUGUGAGGUCAAAUGAUGGAAUGACUCCAGUUCACGUAGCAGCAGCUUGGGGAAGAAUAAAUAUAUUGGAGUUGCUUUUAGCAAAUGGUGGUGAUCCAGUGUGUUUAGACAGUGAUGGACGAAGUCCAUUUCAUUAUGCCUUCGAUGGAAAGUAUUUCAAAGCUGUGACAAUGCUCGCAAAAUACUGUGAGGACAUUCAAGAUGAUGACGAUGAGCCAAAAUAUAAUAUGGUGCUCGAUAAAGUUUUAGUUACUAAUGGAGACAUAAUUGCUGAGUAUGUUACAUCAUCACAUGAUACAACACACAAUAUAAACACAGAUAAUGCAUCAAAGAAUGAUAUGCUUCUUGAUUUUUAUAACUGUAAGCCAAGUUUUUCCCCAAUGAAUCUAGAAUCGAAUAACAUGCCAGAAAUAUAUAAUAAUAUUACAAAGGAAUCGAAAAACAUAAGUAUGGAAUACAAAGAAGACAUAAAUAUAAAAUCUGCAGAUUUAUCUAUAACUAAUAAUCAGAUGAUUAUUGAGCAGAAUAAUUUUUCACAGACCAAUAAUAAAGACAUACUAAAUUAUUCAUUUGUUGAUCUCGAUUUUGACUUUGCAAACCUGUAUCUCUCUGAUGUCAUGGAAAAAGAAAAGUGUCUUGUCGGUAAGAUCAUUAAUCAUCUUUCAACAACAUUAACAAGUGACUGCACCAUUAAUGAGACUUUGCAAAAUUACAAGAGAAACAAGCAAGAGAGCAGCAACAUAACAAGCAACUCAGAUAUGUCAUUCCCAAUAAAAGAGAAAAGAGCAUUUUAUGAAUAUAAAUAUGGCAAAACUCCAAAGAAUUUUUCACUCAAACUCAAACAUAAUUGCAACAAGGAUAUUUUGAAACCUAACACUCCCAUUGUGAGAAAGAAGUAUCCAAGGUUCAAUACAGGAAGCAUUUCUAGAAAAAAGCAUAAAAAAACCUCAGACAAAGUUCUCUUAACACCACCUUGUAUCCUGGAUAAUUCCAUUAUUAGUAUGUCACCAAACUUUAAUACACCUAAUCAUAGGAAGAAAAAUACUAUGAAGACUCCAUUAAUACUCUCACGUAUUCAUGAUGAUGAUGAUAUUAUCAGUAAAUCGCCUAAUUUCACAACACCGGUUCGUGUAGGUAAAAAGAAAAACGUAGAGAAAACAUCACUCGGUAACAACUGUCUAUCUUCAAAAGUAUUCAAGAAAUCUCACGAGCACAAAAUUCAAACGCAAUACUCCGAAUUUAAUCGGUGCAAGAGAUACAUUGCUCAAUCUACACCGAGAAGAAAGAAGAAAUUUAUAUAUAAGCUUCAUUCUGGUAGGAAACGACUCGAUUGUUAUCGGCAAGAAGAUAACAUUACUACUGACGACUUCAUUGUUCGUAACACCUUAAAGCCGAUCAAUUUGGAUAAAACUAUUUUCUCAGAAGUGGCUGAAGAUGCAACUCGCCAUAAUACUCUAAACUCUAAUAUCGGAUCUCUAUUGUUGAACUCUAAUGAAAGUUUGGAAAUGGAACGUCAGAAUUAUAUGCCAAUCAAGUUGGACGAAGGUAAAUACGACGAGGAUGAUAUAGCACGUGAUAACAGCGAUUCGAGUCAGAUAGAUUUAGAUAAUAAUAUUAAUCAAAUGGAAAAAAAGAACGAGUCUAUUGAUAGUUUCGACAGUGAUAGAAGGGAUGAUAUAAAGCGUGAAAACGAGCAAACGAAUGCUCCAUUUGUGACAAUUCGAAAAAAUAGAUUUAAAACUGGAAGGACAACUGAGACAGCAAAUUCAGCUACCGAUAAUAUCAAAUCUACAUACACGACUGACUCGUUACACGGCGAAAGUUAUGUGGAUUGUAUUGAAUGUGAUACCAAGAAAUUAUUAAAUGAAGAUAUAUAUAUUAAUAUAAGUAAGAGUUGUAAUUUACACGCAAAAAAUUGGUGCAGCAACAGAUUCCACAAACCCUUCCCAAGUAAAGCAAAAACACAAGGUGACUUGCAUAUUCCCAUUGUGAAUUUAUCCGUAAAAUGUGGGAGAUACAUCUAUCUGCCAACUUUCUCUUCGACUUUAUCUUCAGAACCAAAUGGAUACAGUGUCGACUCGAAAAGAGCAGAGGGCACAUAUGAGACAAACUUAAAUGUACAUAAAACCGAAAGGAGUUCAUCCCUGUUUUCGUAUGUUACUGCUCAAGAAGAAUAUAAGUAUGAAGAUCUCGAAGAAGGCAUAGUUUUGGUGGAACGGAGACAUUGCAUUUCACCAUUUGCUACUUUCAGUGGUAGUGAAUGCGAUGUCAGAAGCAAAAGAACGGCUGUAUCUGAUGCUUCAGUGUCGACUGUCCUGAGCUUACCGAAAGAACUGUUAAUUGACGACGUUGCGCUCAGAAGAGAACUUGCUCAGCUUGGCGACCAACCCGGACCAAUUACUAAUACCACCAGACAUAUUUACCAGAAACGUCUUAUGUAUCUUAGAAGCAUCAGAGAUACCAAUUCUUUACCGAGGCUCUCUGCGCCACAAAACGCCCCGAAGAAUUGCGCGGAUCAUCGAGUUAUCAAGCCUCAUUUAGAGUUUGGCGAUUGGAUAAAUCAUCUAGAUACCUACAGAAGCUUGGAGAAACAGGUGUUCCAAGAGUUCGUAUCGCCAAAUCCAUCUCGACGAUGGCGCGAGGGCAUGUCGCAGACGUCUUUCAAUUAUCUGCUGUUAGAUCCGCGUAUAUCGCAAGACCUGCAAUAUCGCAAUGUUUAUCUUACGGAAUCCGAGGUAUGGUCGAUCUUUCUUGAUGCUAUAUUUUACAUCGGAAAAGGCAAACGUUCCAGGCCGUUCGCACAUCUCUAUGACGCUUUUAAAGUAUGGGUAUCGAAGGCGUCCAUCAGUACGAAUAAGAAGAUCAACCGCAUUCUCGAUAUAUGGAACAACGAUCAUGGCGUGAUCUGUCUGCACAUCUUUCAGAAUGUUAUUCCAGUGGAAGCCUACACGAGAGAGGCCGCUAUGAUAGACGCGAUUGGAACGGAAAACUUAGGAAAUUGCAAGGGCGAUUUUAUUGCACGAGGGAGAGCGCCAGCUUUUCCCUCAGAAUUUGUAAUAAUUGAUCUUCAGUGUUGUACAAGAAGAAAGAUCUCAUUCGUGUAGAUAUAAAUAAGUAUGGUGCAAUAGAUUAUAUACAAAUUUUGACAUGCAGGUAGCUCAAAUUUGUGAAUUAUAUCUCCAUGUACCUGUCAAUUUAUUAUACUGACUCUCCCAAUAUAAUAACUAUGUACGUACAAAUGAGAGAACAAAGCUGUACAAAAUAUAUUUUUAAAAUAGAGAAUAUUGAACAUCGACUAGGACUAUUACUUUAAAUAAAUUAGAUGAAUCAAGAAUCAAGGUGUUGCAUUAUGUAUGUAUGAUACAAUGACUAUAAAUAUAAUAAAUUUAUUUAUUUAUAACUUGACGUGUGUAAAUCAAGCUACAUGAUCUUAUUGAUCUAUA